AUGGCUCUACUAAUCAUCACACUCUUCUCCAUACCAAAUUUCACUUCUGCUUCUUUGGAGCAAGCCAAUGCUCUUCUUAAAUGGAAAGCAAGCCUUGAAAUCCCAAAAAAAUCCUUACUCUCUUCAUGGAUUCCUCUCCCUUUGAAUUCCAGUGCAUUAGUUCCAUGCACUUCUUGGUUUGGAGUAGUUUGCAAUGAUGAUGGGAGCAUUCAGAAUUUGAACCUCACAUCAUCUGGACUAAAGGGUACGCUUCAUCAAUUUCCAUUCUCUUUGCUACACAAUCUUACACAUUUUGAUCUCUAUAUGAACAAGUUCUUUGGCCCCAUCCCACCAGAAAUCCAACUUUUGUCCAAACUUGCAUAUCUUGAUUUUUCAUUGAACAAGUUUUCUGGAGUAAUCCCACCUGAAAUAGGAAACCUGCACCGGCUAACCAUCUUGUACUUAUACUCAAACAAUAUCUCGGGUCCCAUUCCUGUUGAACUUGGGAAUUUGAAGUCUCUCACUGAUCUUGUUGUGUGUGAGAAUCAACUUAAUGGAUCUAUUCCUUCAUCAUUGGGUAAUUUGACAUCUUUGAAUCUCCUUUAUUUGUAUGAAAAUCAGCUCUCUGGUCCCAUUCCUGUGGAACUUGGGAAUUUGAAGUCUCUCACUGGUCUUGCUGCGAAUGAGAAUCAACUUAAUGGCUCUAUUCCUUCAUCAUUGGGUAAUUUGACAUCUUUGAAUGUCCUUUAUUUGCACACUAAUCAGCUCUCUGGUCCCAUUCCUGUUGAACUUGGGAAUUUGAAGUCUCUCACUGAUCUUGCUGUGUUUGAGAAUCAACUUAAUGGCUCUAUUCCUUCAUCAUUGGGUAAUUUGACAUCUUUGAAUGCCCUUUAUAUGCACACCAAUCAGCUCUCUGGUCCCAUUCCUGUUGAACUUGGGAAUUUGAAGUCUCUCACUGAUCUUGAUGUGUUUUAG